UCUUUUUCUAUCUAUAAAUAUCCCUGUCUUUGCCCCUAUUUUCUUCGUUUUAUUAACUAAACUAGAGGUCUAGACAGAGAAAGUGCGUGUGUGUGUGUGUGAGAGAGAGCUGGUGUUUUGUGGGUCUCGGUUCUCUGGGAUACUUUCUCAUCUUGUUGGGUCUGCAGAACGUCCAGGUCAAGGUACCAGGAAUCUGGAAUUCUUUUAAGGAUCAAAAUUCCUGAUCAAUAGAAGCAAUGGAGGUAUUUGGAAAAUCUAUGGUAGCCGUGCCUACAAAUGUUAUUUAUCUGUCGAGUAUUCUUGGCCAAGAUGGGCCUAACACUGUUCACAAGUGUGAUUGGAAAUGUGAAAAUGAACAUGUGUGUGGAAACAUGUACCGCUGCAGACUAACCGGCCUGACACACAUUUGUGACAAAAACUGUAGCCAAAGAAUUUUGUAUGAUAACCAUAGCUCACUUUGCAGAGUGAGCAAGCAGAUUUUUCCAUUAACACCGACUGAGCAACAGGCUGUGAAAGGUAUUCGGAGGAAGCUUGAAGUCGAGAGUUCCCCCUCUGAGAGUUGUUCUUUUAAGCGCAGAAGGGAUGCACAAUAUUGUCCCUCGCCAUUUGAGAGAUUGUUCUCUUCUGUUAAUCCCAUUUGCAGUCAAAUUGGAGAUGUCAUGGAUAUGAACUAGAUAUUAUAACUGCUAGUUGCCCUUUCUUUUCAACUUUUUUGCACUUUGAAUUUUUACUAUUUUGAAGACAAGUAUGGAUUAAUCGAACUUGAUGAGUACUUCAAUGGCGGACUGGAUUGUCCUGCCUUUAUGUAGGAACACUAUAUAUUCAACUUUACUUUAUUGAGUUCUAGCUCUUCAAUAACAUAACUCAUUCUAGGAAGCGAGGAAUACUAUCUCCCAUGACUUUUUUUGAGGCUCUGUUGCACAAUAUGGCACCUUGCAUCUUGAAAUAUAACUAGAUAGGGCUAUAUUAGUGUUAUCCUCUUUAUUAGAUUGUGCAGUUAUAACUAUGUAUGCUCUGUACUAUUUUUGUUUGGUCACUUUUGAUCCUUUGAUUAUUUGUUGCGUUUAGUUCUGUUUAUUAGGAAGCUUAUAUUAUGGUGUUGCAGGCUCUUUCUUUAUGGGCGUGGUUAAUUGAUUUAGUAAUUUCACUUGAUUUGUACAUAAAUGUUAAAUGUGUAUUAUUCUUUAUUCAGGAAGAGCAUCGAAUUUCUUCCGUGGAUUGUAAUUAAUUAGUUGAUUGGAGCAUUUACACUUUCUUAUUUGUGGAAAAAUGCCCUUGUGUUCAUUUUUCAACUUCUAAUUUGUGCCGCAGGUUGAGCAGGGCAGAGAAGUUUCUUAAAGAUUCUUGCAAAAUCUCUUUUUCCGUUUUCAUGUUCUCUUCUUGGGAUCCUAAAGUUAAUUUUUUUUUGCAGGGGUUGAAGCAUGUGUCGUACAGGAUAGUUCUUAUAUAGCUUAUCAUGUUUUUUAGUAGUGAUAUUUAGUUUAUGGAUUUUGGAAAGUAUCUAAUUAUUUGUCUUUCCUUCGUUAUGCAGGAGGAAAGUUUAUUCUUUAAUGAGUUGCAACAAAGACAAGCGCUGAAGCAUGCUGGUGAAUCAAUAAUUCCAAUCAAUGCAAGACUCACAAAGGAUUUUAGCGACAAUUGGAGUUGCCAUCCGUUGUAGGCUUCAGAUCAGAUCAUUGAUGCUGGCUGAAGAAUAUCUGUUAUUAGUUAAAGAUGUUGGCUGAAGAAUCUCUGGAAGCAUGCUCAUUAGCUUUGAUAAUUCACACAAGGCAAGGCUUUCAUUGCUGGAAACUGCUUGACUGGAAAGCUCUGCUUUUGUUAUGCUCAUUCUCUUACACAAGCCUUUCUCUCUUUAAAUCAUAAGAUUGUCAAAUAACGAGUUUUCCCUAACUGGGAAUACACAGACUGGAGCCACAGUCACCUCUUAUUGCUCUUCUCAUUGUCUUCUCACUAUAUACAAAGUCGCAAUUUGUUGUUCAUCUGUUCAGUCUACCUAUCGAAGCUUGCUGUUGGAUAUGGAACUUGAAGGGUACUUCUUACUAGUGUAAGAGUAAUCUUAGAGGAUACUGGGGUACAGAUGAAUUUGUUUUUACAGCUCGUUGAGAAAAAAAUGGAGUUACUUUGUUGAAAUGUUGUCCUGUUGUGAACACUGAAUAUCUGCUGGCAUUGGUCAUUUGUGAAUGGAAGAUUAUGGUAUUUGUGAAUCUACACAACUCUUUCAUA